AUGGCUUCCCAAUCAACUCUACGAACCAUUUUCAAGAGUGAAGAGUAUGCCUCUUCAUUCAAGCGCGGAGAAAUGGUGACCCAUGUCUUCGCCGAAAAGCUGGUCGAGCAAAGCAAGGUGGUCAACUCCAAUGCCGACCCCAAUCAGCCUCUCGUGGUCCUCGAUAAUGCCUGUGGAGCUGGUGUUGUUUCCAGUGUUCUCAACCAGCAGCUCGAUCCAAAUGCCAAGAAAAGUUUGAAGUUGACCUGUGGAGAUAUUUCUCCUGCGGUACUCAAGUAUACUCAGAGCCGGAUGGAAGAGGAGAAUUGGCAGACUGCGGAGACGCAAACUGUGGAUGCGCAGAGCCCUGGACUACCCAGUUCUUUCUAUGAUUACAUCUUUACGGCUUUUGCUUAUAUGGCACUCCCCGAAUCGAUCAAGGCCCUCGACGAAACAGUCAGAAUGCUCAAGCCAGGUGGAACUAUUGCGUUUUCGACUUGGAAGGAGAGUGAGUGGCGCCCACAGAAACCCUCGAUAUGCAAAGAUACUAACCCGUUGAAAGCCGGCUGGAUCCCCAUUGCUAGAAAGGCAAUCGAGAGCAUCUCCAAGGAUUUGCCUUUCCCAGGUUCCGCAGAGCUCCUGGCAGCCCUGAGUGAUGGUGACUGGCACUCAGUGGCUUGGAUCAAGUCCCAGCUCGAGCAACGUGGAUUUGAAGACAUCGAAGUUCGUGUUGAGACAGCCACGACAUCCCUCGAGUCCUCGGUCUUUGUCGAUAUGACUAUGUUCAUGCUCCCAGUUGUCAUGAAGUAUUUCUGGAGCGAGGAACAGAGGGAGAAGUAUGAGUCCGAGGUUCGCACGGCAUUGGCGAAAGCCGUUGAAGACAUCUUUGGUCGCGAUCAAGACACUGUAACGGAGUGGGAAGCUAUAAUUUCUACUGCGCGCAAGUCAAGCUAG